AUGAGUGAUAAUAACACUAAACACAAAGAAGUAUUUUCACCUGAUCAUGUAUCUGCUGGUCGUUAUCGAGGUGGUCCUCAUGGUUUAGGUGAUCCAGAUGAUAAAACCUUACGUAAAGUUGAAUUAGAAGUUUCUAUACCAGGAAUUGUUCGAGAUCGAGCUCAUCGAGAAAAAUGUCAUUAUUUCAUUGAUGAGUUCGGCAAGUGUGGUGAACAACAUGGUUUUUGGGCAGUUGCUAAAUGUCGCAAAGAAGUUAAAGCUAUGAACGAAUGUCUCGCUAAAUGGUUUAAUAAUGAAAAAUUUCGUGAAGAAUGUACACAAGUAUAUUUGGAUGAACGAACACAAUAUCGUGAAACUGGUGUUCAUACAAAACAAAUUAAACGACCUUAUUAUAUAAAUCCUCAAAAAGAAUUAGAACGAAUAAAAAAAAUUAGAAAAGAAUAUGAAAGAUUAGAACAUAAAGAUGAUUAG